UGUAGUUGUGGGGUUGUGACUUGUAAGCUGUCAUUAGUUUGAACACGAGUGUAUUGGUUAUUAAAUUUUUGGAAAGUAUAUCAAUGAUUACUGUAACCAUGAGUUAUUCGAAGUUUGAUUUGACUUUUAAAAUAGGACAAUAUUUGGAUAGGCAUCUUGUGUUUCCAUUAUUAGAAUUUUUAGCAGCAAAAGAGACGUAUGACCAGUCCGAACUCUUGCAAGCUAAAUUGGAGAUAUUAAGUAAGACAAACAUGAUUGAUUAUGUUAUUGAUAUAAGAAGCAUGCUCUACCCAGAUGAAGACACACCUGAGGAAAUUAAAAGCAGGAGAGCAGUUGUACUGUCACAACUACAAGAACUCCAGGAUGCCGUUGAACCUGUCCUUAAACUGAUGCAACGUGAUGACGUUAUGAAAACAGUUGAAACCAUGAGAGAUCCUAAAACUCUUAUCAACUAUUUAACGACCAAUAAAGAAUUUGAGUUCAAAAUAGAAAUGAUUGACAGUAUGUAUCGUUUGGCAAAAUACCGCUAUGAAUGUGGUAACUAUGUUGAAUCUGCAUCAUAUCUUUACUUCUGUCAACUAGUGAUGGCCCCAACAGAUAAGAAUUACCUGUCCGUUCUCUGGGGUAAAUUAGCAAGUGAAAUUCUUGUUCAAAAUUGGGAUGCAGCCCUCGAUGAUUUAACAAAGUUGCGUGAAUUCAUCGACAACGGUGCCGCAGGCGCAACUGCGAACAACAUGCAGGCCCUACAGCAGCGCACAUGGCUCGUCCACUGGUCUCUCUUCGUGUUCUUCAACCACGUCAAAGGGCGUGACCUAAUUAUUGAGAUGUUCUUGUACAAACCAUUGUAUCUGAACGCAAUCCAGACAAUGUGUCCUCAUAUCCUCCGCUACUUGGCUACUGCUGUCAUUAUUAACCGCUCACGUAGAAAUGCGCUCAAAGAUCUUGUCAAAGUAAUUCAACAAGAGGCCUACACGUACAGAGAUCCAAUAACUGAAUUUAUUGAACACUUAUACGUUAACUUCGACUUUGAAGCGGCCCGAAGGAAGUUGAAUCAGUGCCAAGCGGUUCUGUUAACAGACUUCUUCUUAAUUGCCUGCUUGGAUGAAUUCGUUGAAAAUGCACGUCUAAUGAUAUUCGAAACCUUCUGUCGUAUUCACCAAGUGAUAAGUAUUGGAAUGUUGGCAGAAAAUCUUAACAUGCAACCCGACGAAGCUGAAUGUUGGAUCGUCAACCUCAUUCGUAAUGCUCGUUUGGAUGCUAAAAUAGAUUCUAAACUGGGUCACGUUGUAAUGGGAGCUCAACCUUUGUCGCCGUACCAGCAACUCGUUGAAAGAAUAGACUCCUUAGCGGUGCGAUCAGAAGCUCUUACGUCUCUUGUUGAACGGAAACAAAAAACUCGUAAUCAAGAUAUACGUUGGGGCGCCCAAGAAUUCUAACCAACCACCACAAAUUGUUUGUAACAGAGUAUCUUCAUCUUUUGUAAAUCAAACAUUUUAAUAAAUAUAUUGUGAAAAUAAUAAA